UCCUCCUCUCCGUGCUUUUUCACUUCUUUGUUCUCGCUAAACCUCUGAGAAGGCAGCUAAGCAAGCGAAAGAGCAAGAGAAAGCAACCAUGGCGACGGCGAGAGCAUUGACGACUAAGGAGGCCGACAUCCAGAUGAUGUUGGCGGCUGAGGUCCAACUCGGCACGAAAAACUGUGACUUUCAGAUGGAGCGUUAUGUAUUCAAGCGCCGAAAUGACGGUAUCUAUAUCAUUAACCUUGGAAAGACCUGGGAAAAGCUUCAACUGGCAGCUAGGGUGAUUGUUGCCAUUGAGAAUCCCAAGGACAUCAUUGUCCAAUCUGCCAGACCAUAUGGUCAGAGAGCUGUUUUGAAGUUUGCUCAGUACACUGGAGCUCAAGCAAUUGCAGGACGCCAUACUCCUGGUACAUUUACCAAUCAGUUGCAAACAUCCUACAGUGAGCCCCGCCUUCUCAUCCUCACAGAUCCCAGAACUGAUCAUCAGCCUAUCAAGGAAGCUGCACUUGGGAAUAUCCCCACCAUUGCUUUCUGUGACACUGAUUCUCCCAUGCACUAUGUUGAUAUUGGCAUUCCUGCUAAUAACAAGGGAAAGCACAGCAUUGGUGUUCUAUUCUGGCUCUUAGGGAGAAUGGUUCUGCAGAUGCGUGGUGCUAUUGCUCCUGGACACAAGUGGGAUAUCAUGGUGGAUUUGUUCUUCUACAGAGAGCCUGAAGAGGCCAAGGACCAACAGGAAGAAGACGUUCCUGCCAUUCAAGAUUACCCAGACUAUGGUGCUGCUGCUAUUGGUGGUGGUGAAUGGACAUCGAGUCAAAUUCCUGAUGUCCAAUGGACCGCCGAACCAGUCCCUGCAGCUCCAGUUGCUGGUGGUUGGGCUGGAGAGGAGGUCCCUGCACCAAUUGUUGAUGGAGGAUGGGAUGCCGCAGCUCCACCACCUGUUGUGCCAGGUCAGGGUGCAGUAGAUGUGCCUCCCACUGGCUGGGAAUGAGUUUCUUCCAUAGUUGAAAUGUUUGCUCUUUUUAUAUAUGUUGUAUUACAACCUUAUCCGUCUCUCUAGUUGUAGGGAAUUUUGAUAUUAGUUUUGGAUGUUCUCAACGUGCUUGCAAUGAAACUAUUUACCUGGUUUGAAUAUGUCAACGUUUUUGUGUUCGUUCGAUACAAUAUUAUCUAAUUAUAUAUUCUCAUUACAGA